AUGAAUGCGCCCUUCCUUUACCUCGGGCCAUUGAGCAGGUCUCUUACACGAUGUGCGCAGAGAAAUGGAUACGGCAAGCUAUGUAUCCGGAGCAAGGCGACCGACAGCGGAUCUUCUCAAAGAAUACCUCUGAACCGCUCAAGUGGUACCGGUUCCUCUCGUAGCGUUCUCCGGAAUCCUGUUCGGAAUGCACCUUCUCGGCCGCAACCCAACCUUGCAAGAGCCCGUGCAAGGCCCCAACAUGUCGUUAUAUAUCAUGCUGGAAGCGGGAAGAUUGCCUUUAUUGGAAUGAUGCGCCUGUCUACAAUCCUCAUCUUUGUCGUUUCAUGUACCGUAGUUGCUCCCGCUUUCUACGCAGCAGAUUACCCCUGGUAUAUACCACCAGCCAUCAUUGCUGCUGGUGCUAUCCCCAUGCUCUUCGUCUCCUACACAGCUGCUCCCUUGGUAAACCUCGUCUCCUUGGCAUUGCCGGCCUUUGCGCAACAGUCUAGGCAACAUAUGCUUUGGGAUUUACAAAACAUUCCACGAACAGCAACGUUGACUAUCGAGACUAUGAAAUUCAAUUUCUACCCUCGACGAACACAGGUCGCAAUUUCGGACCUAGUACCUGCAAAAUCAUUACUGCGACCAGUGAGCUUUCUCAAUACUAAUCCACAACCGCAACCGUGGUGGAAAGGCGGGAACAGCGUUUAUUUUUAUGCACCGGAGAAAAACAGACCAGCUAAAUCAACUCUUAAAUUCUUCCCAGAGGUGUGGGAAGAAGUUUUUUCCAAGAUCAAGCAAAAUGGCCAUUUAACGAAGAACACAUAA